UUACAAAGUGUGCACACUGAUGACUUCUUCCAAAAAUGAUCAAUAAAUGUCCUGAUCAACAGUUUCACUCAUUUUAUAAUGUGUUAAUGUGGAGCGCCUGUGAGAGUUUUUAUUAAAGAAACAAUCACAUAUUAGAAGGAGUGCAUUAAUAUAAACCUGAUUUAGCUUACAGCUGGAGCUACUGUCAGAGCUGCUGUUAGAGAAAAUGAACCAGAUUCAAGAAUCCAGCUGUGCUUGUGGUAAAAGUCUGAUUAAAAGUCUGAUCACAAUAAGAAGCUUCUCUAUUUCUUAAAGGAAACUGUGAUCAUUACAAAUAUGAAGCUGUUUUAUUGUCUUUUAAUAUCUGAUGUUAACAAUUCCGUUUCAGUAUCAGGUAUCCAGCACGUGAAGGUGUCAUGCCAUCCUGAGAAGAUCUGUGCUCUGAGGGAGUCAUCUGUGACCCUGACGUGCUCUUACUCAAAUAUCAUCAUCAUCACUGGCUUCUGGUUCAGCCUAAAGGACAAAGCUAAAUGGAGGAAGGAGGAACAUCCAGAGGAUUUAGCUUUAGACUCAGACUACGCAGGACGUGUGAGCUACACAGAGAUGACCAACUUCCGCUCGACUCUUACAAUAACAGACCUGAGAGAGAGAGACUCAGGGGAAUAUCGCCUCGUGUUCAUUACGGAUAAAGGAGAGAAAUAUCUGAGCUCAGCUGGAGUUACUCUAACAGUUACAGACCUGCAGGUGACCCACGACUCCACACAACAAAGUCUCACCUGCCGCACUUCCUGUCCUCUGACCUCUUCUGUUCCCCGGUACUUCUGGUACAAGAAUGGAAAUUACUUACAGGAAUACAAAGACACCGUGGAAACUUUCCCUUUAAGUAAAGCUGAAGAAGGCAGUUACUCCUGCUCUGUUGAAGGCUAUGGUACUAUUCUCUCUCUUCCAGUGUGUGUUGGCCGGAGCUGUUAUAGUGUGACCUACAGAGACAAAAGAGUCUGUGCUUUGGAAGGGUCUUCAGUGGAGUUUGCUGGAAAUUACUCACAUCACAGUGAUCUGAGUGUUAGUGAAAUAUUCUGGCAUUAUAUUCAGCACGGUAAUGACAACCAAGACCUGAAGCAGGAAACACAGUUUACUAAUCGAGUUGAAUAUGUGAAACAAGACAAAAGCAGCACUUUGAAAAUGAAAAACCUGACAAAGAAAGACUCUGGAGAAUAUUGCCUUAGAUUCCUUAAUAAUGAUGGUAAAGGAUUCUCUGCUGAACCUGGAGUGAUUCUGAGUGUUACAGAUCUGCAGGUAAGAGCGAGUCGCUCUGCAGUGGCACCAGAAGGACAGACUACAGUAACGCUGAGCUGCAUCACCUCCUGCACUCUGUCUAACAACCCCACUUACAUGUGGUACAAGAACGGACAGCCUGUUACUGACAAACUCACCAAACACAACAAGCUCUACCUGAACUCCAGUGAAGAUGCAGGAAACUACUCCUGUGCUGUGAGAGGACGUGAGGAUCUCCGCUCUCCUGAACUAACUGUGACAUGUGAGCCACAAAACUCAGUCAUUAUAUUAAUGUAUAGGGUUGUGAUAGCUCAGGUUCAAUCCUCAGCACUGACAGAGAGCAGCUUUUAG